AUGUUUCUGUCUCCAGCGCCUGGCCGCGGCUGGACGAAUCUCAGGCGCGCAGAAGGACGGACCACCAUCACCAACGUCACUACUACUACUGCUACUUCCACUGCUACUAAUACUACUACUGCUAAUACCACUACUAUUAUUGCUACUAAUACUACUACUGAUACCACUGCGACUACCAUCAUUAACGACAACUCGACCGUCGUUAUCGACAUUGUCUGCCGUGUGCGCCACAGCAGGGCAGACGACGAGAUGGGCAGGGCGCACACCGUCGUAAUCACCACCACCACCACCACCACCACCACCACCACCAUCACCAUCACCACCACCAUCACCAACACGAACACCCCCACCACCACCACCACCGACAGCUCGACCAUCGGUUUCGAUGAUGUCCACCGUGUGCCCCACAGUUGCAGCAGCAAUGGGAGCAGGGACGGUGACUUACGCAGGGGUUUAUAG